AUGUCUGUUAAGAGAACCAAAUUGAAUCCUUUAACUAAUAUGGUAAAACAAAUUUGUACACACUCGGGCUCUUUCCACGCUGACGAAUCUCUAGCGGUCUACAUGUUGAGAUUACUUCCGGAAUAUAAGGAUGCGAAGGUUGUCAGAUCUAGAGAACCUGCUCAAUGGGAAGAAAGUGACAUUGUCGUUGAUGUCGGUGCCAAGUAUGACGGUGUCAAGUUUUUCGAUCAUCAUCACCGUGAAUUCAUGGAAACUUUCAGUGACGAACAUAAAACUAAAUUGUCAAGUGCUGGUCUUGUCUUCAAGCAUUUUGGUCGUGAUAUUAUUAGAAAUGUUUUGGCCAAGAGUGAUCUUACCGAGGAAAAUUUGAAUAUCUUGUAUAAGAGAGUUUAUGAGCAUUUCAUUGAAGCCUUAGAUGCCAAUGACAAUGGGAUUAACAAAUAUGAUGGGUUGAAAGAAUUGCACGUUGAACCAAAGUUUAACGAUAAGGCCAUUAGCAUUCCAGGUAUUAUUUCUGGUAUGAAUCCAAAUUGGAAUGACGACUGCUCUGCGGAGGCAUUUGAUAAGCAUUUCUUCAAAGCCAGCGAUUUCAUUGGUGCAACCUUUGUUAAUUUAGUUAAAGGUUACGGUGAAUCCUGGUUGCCCGCCAAGUCUAUUGUUUUGGAAGCUGUCAAAGAUAGAUUGAACGCUGAUGCAAGUGGUAAGAUUGUUAUUUUGCCUCAAUUCUGCCCAUGGAAGGAACAUUUGUAUGAAAUUGAAAAAGAAUUAGGAAUUGAAAACCAAAUUGAGUUUGUUCUUUUCGAAGAUUCUGGAAAAUCAUGGAGGGUUUCCACAGUUCCUGUAUCUUCUACCUCAUUCCAAUUUAGAAAGGGUUUACCUGAAGUUUUGAGAGGAUUAAGAGAUGAUGUAUUGAGUGAAAAGAGUGGUGUGCCAGAUUGUAUCUUUAUUCAUGCUGCUGGAUUCAUUGGUGGAGCCAAGACAAAGGAAUCCGCUUAUCGUUUGGCUAAAAUGUCCUUAUAA